AUGGUGCGCCUAAGAGAUAUUCCACGAACGGCCACCUUUGCGUGGUCGCCUGGUGCCGGAAGCCCUCUUGUGGCUACUGGUACCCGCGCCGGUGCCGUCGAUGCCGAUUUCUCUGACGAGAGCAAGCUUGAGCUCUGGGACUUGUCCUUGGACGACCAGGGACAGGGACUAGAGCUCCAGCCCGUCGCGAGCAUUGCCACCGACGCCAGAUUCUACGAUAUUGCAUGGAGCCCGCCUGAUGCCGAUCACCCAAAAGGCAUUAUUGCCGGAGCUAUGGAAAACGGCUCCCUUGAUCUUUGGGACGCUGCUAAGCUGCAAGCUGGAGGAAGUGGUGCACUGAUGUCGCAGACGACAAAACACACUGGUGCAAUCAAGACGCUCCAGUUCAACCCUCUUAAGCCACAAAUCCUAGCUACCGCUGGUGCGAAGGGAGAAAUCUACAUCUACGACGUCAACGACAUCGCUAAUCCAUUCCGCCUCGGCAAUGCUGCCGCCCGCUCCGAUGACAUCGAAUGUCUCGCAUGGAACCGCAAAGUCUCCCAUAUUCUUGCUACGGGCGGAGCAGGUGGCUUUGUAACCGUGUGGGAUCUCAAGACUAAGAAGGCAUCUCUCACAUUGAACAAUAGCCGCAAAGCAGUUAGCGCCAUUGCGUGGGACCCAAACAACUCCACGAAGCUCCUGACUGGCACGCCAGACGACAACACUCCAGUCAUUCUCCUAUGGGAUCUUCGAAACUCAAAUGCGCCGGAGAGGACGCUCCAGGGCCACGAGCAAGGUAUCCUAUCGCUCUCGUGGUGCCCCCAGGACAGCAGCAUUUUGCUCUCGUCCGGAAAAGAUAACAAGACCAUGGUUUGGAAUCCUCUGACAGGAGAGCGCUAUGGUGAGCUUCCUGAAGUCACGAACUGGACUUUCCAAACCCGCUUCCAUCCACACAACCCCAACCUGUCAGCGACUGCAAGCUUCGACGGCAAAAUUACCAUUCAAACUUUGCAAAAUACGAACCCGGACACUUCGAAGACUGCUAUUGACAACAACCUGGAUGGCGCCGACUUUUUCAGUGCUGCCCAAACGCAGCCUCAGGGUGCCUCCUGGUCUCUGAGCAAGGCGCCUAAGUGGUUUGAGCGUUCUAUUGGCGCCUCGUUUGGCUUUGGUGGCAAGAUUGUUAUUUUUAAGCCCACACAAGGCCAGGAGAGAUCUUCCAAAGUCAUCAUCUCGCAAUUCUCUGCCGAUUCUGAUUUCUCGUCGGCCACGGAAAAGUUCCAAGCAGCUCUCUCCUCCGGCGAUCUCUCGUCUAUUUGCGAAGAGCGGAUGGAACUAUCUAAGACCGGCGAAGAAAAGGCUGAUUGGAAGGUGAUGCAAACCUUGAUUGGCGAGAACCCCCGUGGCAAGAUCAUUGAGUACCUCGGCCUCAAGGAGGAGGCUAGCGAAGAGCCUACGGCCGAGGAAGCCAAGGCGGAAGAUACGGAAGCUACCGACGACAAGAAGAAGGUUUCUAACUUCUUUGAUGGUGCUGAUGGAGAGGGUGAUGACGAUGACUUCCUGUCUGGUGUGACAGCGACCAAGGGUGCCAAGACUGACAACCCGUUCCACCUCUUUGCUGAUGGCGACACGUCUGUUGAAAAGGAUAUUACAAAAGCGCUCAUGCUGGGCAGCUUUGCUAAAGCUACUGACAUUUGCCUGAAGGAGGACCGCAUCGCGGAUGCUUUCCUAAUUGCCAACUGUGGUGGUCAGGAGUUGGUCGACAAAGUUCAAACUGCUUAUCUUGCUCGCAAGACCGGAUCACCGAGCUACAUUCGUCUGCUCGGCUCCGUCAUUGAGAAGAACCUCUGGGACGUGGUGUAUAAUGCAGACCUUCAGAACUGGAAGGAGACAAUGGCUAUUAUCUGCACUUUCUCGGAUCCUACUGAGUUCUCCGACCUCUGCGAGACUCUUGGCGAUCGUAUCCAUGAAAGCGGUGAGCGCAAAGACGCCUCUUUCUGCUACCUCGUUGGUUCCAAGCUUGAGAAGGUUGUGUCUAUCUGGACCGCAGAACUGGAAGAGGCCGAGCAAGCUGGUACCAAAGACCCAUCACAAGACUCGACCUUCUCCGUUCACGCCAGAACGUUGCAGAACUUUAUCGAGAAGGUAACGGUCUUCCGUCACGUCAGCAAGUUUGUUGACAGCGAAACGAACGAGACUGCGGGCUGGAAGCUCGCUGCCUUGUACGACAAAUACACGGAAUACGCUGAUAUUCUCGCUGGCCAUGGUCAGCUUGACGCCGCUCAACGCUACCUUGACCUCCUGCCUAGCACAUAUCCUGCUGCUGAGGGUGCUCGCAGCCGGGUUAAGCAGGCCACCCAGAAGUCGUCCACUAAGGCGGCCGGUGGUAAGAUAGCUGCGAGAAUAUCUAGUGCAGUCCCCCAGACGCAGAGUCCUUACGGUUAUCCUACCCCCCAGCCUCAGCCUCUUGGGACCACCGGCGCUGCUAAUCCAUAUAGCAACAUCAGUUCCAUUCCUACGCCCCAGCCCUUCCAACCCCUCCAGCCACUGCAGCCGCAGCCGCCGCAGCCAUCUUACGGAGGCAACCCGUACCAACCAUCAGGCAUGUAUCAACCGCCUGUGCAAAGCUAUACCUCUCCGGCACCGCCGCCGGUUUCUGGCCCCCCUCGCAGCGGCACCCCGACUAUAUCGACAAUGCACAGUGCGCCCAAGGAUAGCUGGAACGACGUACCUAUAGUGACAAAGGCUGCACCCCCCAGACGUUCCACCCCAAGUGCACCUCCCCCAGUCGGCCCGUACGGUGCCCAGCCCGGUCAAGCGCCACUCGGGCCUCCCACGUACGGCGCGCCUCCGAAAGCCAGUCCUCCCCCUCCUCCACCCAAGGGCUCUGCCCCUCCCCGCGUCACCUCGCCGCUAGCCGGUCCUCCCCAAACGUUCCAGGCACCCCCUCGCCCUUCGUCUGUGGCUAAUCAGUAUGCGCCCCCGCCUCCGCCUCCGCAAGUUGGUGCUAGCCCUCAGAUGGCCAAUCUUGUCGCACGAACUGCCUCCCCAUAUAACGCACCUCCUGCUGGCGCCCCCCCUUCGAAUAGAUACACUCCGGCACCUGCUGCACAGCAGCCGAGCCCUGCGCCCCCAGCAGGAGGAUAUAUGGCACCGCCACCUGUCGGUAGCAAUGCCCCUCCCGCCAAUCCAUACAGUCAAUUUGCGCAGUCGCCAGCAGCACCGCCCGCGGCAAACUCGUAUGCUCCAACCACCAGCUACGGUUCGCCGCAUGGCGCGGCAGCACCACCCUCGGCCUCGGGGCCCCCUACUGGACCGCCCCCGAUGAGCCGUCCUGGGCCGCCUCCUGCUGCCGCCACACCUACUCCCCCUCCCCCUAGAGCCGCGGCAGCUGCCCCCUCCAAGGGCAAGCAUCCGCCAGGUGACAGAUCUCACAUCCCUGCCAGUGCUCAGAGACUUGUUGAGAUCUUGACUGAGGAUAUGCAGCGCGUUGCAGCAAAAGCACCGGCCACAUUUGCACCUCAGGUUAAGGAUACCCAGAAACGCCUUAGCCUGCUCUUUGACCACCUUAACAAUGAAGAUCUGGUGUCGCCCUACAGCGUCACUAAAUUGUCGGAAAUUGCUGAGGCCCUCAAGUCUAAGGACCACCCAACGGCGGCGAGACUGCAAGCUGAGCUUCAGCGCGAGAGGGUUGAAGAGUGCGGCCAGUGGAUGGUUGGCUUGAAACGUCUCAUCAACAUGAGCAAAGCGACACCCUAA